AACUUUCCCGGAAGAUAAAAAAGAAGAGGAAGAACGCUAGCCUGCCAGAUAGUGGAUAAGCUAAACUAGUAUACUCCCAAAUGUCUUUCUGGGUUUAAUAUAAACCAAACUAGUUCAUUAAAGUUAUAUAAGUCACAACUCAAUUAUCCAUAAUGAUGGAAACCUGUGUCACGACAAAACCAGUGGAGAAUGCAGAUAUCUUCCUCCCGUUAUCCUCUUUGCGCCUGUUGAUACCACCUCUGAGGCUGCUCUCUGCGGCCAUGUGGCAAGUAGCGCAACGAAGAGAUGUCAUGGAUUAUGAGAAACUAGAGGAGUUCGUCGGCCUUGUGACAGCGACAGUUCCAGACCUGUUGAAUGAGAAACAGAGAGCCAAGCUUCUUCUGCGGCUGCGAACAAGGGUGAUACUAGAGUUGUGUUCCGCUGAUCAUACAGCUGAUAUCCAGAUCAUCCAACCCCACCUGGACAGAAUUCGCCCCCCUGGACACACAGGGAGUGGAGAUGCUGAGGUGGAUGCAGAAGAGGCCAUCUUCCUGGAGCUCAUCCAGACUUUGCUGAAAGACCCAGCGGAGAGAGAACACUUCUUCCAGGAGGUGUUUCCGACGGAGUACGGCGCCAGCUAUGACACAGAUAUGCAACUACUUGUGUGGGAAUUCCUUUCUAAACUGGAGAAGAUACUGCCAGUACCAGACCUUGGACAGACUGUGUCAUGGCUCAGUUCUGCUCCCUCUGUCCUGGAGGAGUGUUUGCAGGCCCUCUCUCAACCUGAGGACCUGAAAUCCCUGCUGCAACACCACACAUGUCUUGAAAACUUGGGCACUCAGAGUCACACCGUUGAGAUGUCUUCCCAGGUCUUUGCCUGUUCCCAGUGCCCAUUCUUCCACAUGCAGGAAUCCUACCUCCUCCAGCACAUUGAGCGAAAUCACCCAGAGGAGUACAGCAAGCUCCAGAAAACUGAAGAGAACCCAGCGCUUCCCAGGAAAAAGUUACCCCGUCCUGAAUUCCCCAAGCCUUUCCCUAUCCACGUAAGCUCUGAACCCGGUGCUCACACAUGCCACGAGUGUGGAAAGACUUUCACUCGCUCGUCAGACGUGACCAGGCACCAGCGUAUUCACACAGGGGAGUGUCCGUACACCUGCAAGGAGUGCGACAAGGGUUUCAAAAACUCCUGGGAUCUGACGAGGCAUCAGCGGAUUCACACCGGGGAACGCCCAUAUAUCUGCCCUCAAUGUGGCAAGGGGUUCACCCAACUGGGCCUACUGUCCCUGCACUUCACCAGAACGCCUUGUGGCCAGAGUGCUGAUCCCCCACUGCAGUCCACAGAGCAGCAGGAGGAGCCAAACGACAAAGGGAGUGGUCAGUACAAGUGUCAGAAAUGUGGGGCUAGCUUUGACACCGUACUAGAGCGGCUGAAGCAUAGGCAAACCCACGUGGUGAAUCGCCAUUACAAGUGUUCCCAGUGCGAGAAGAUCUACGGCCGCCCGUCUGACCUGAGGAGACAUCAGAUGAAGCACACCGGAGAGAGACCCUUUCCCUGCGCAGAGUGCGGCAAGGGCUUCACUCACGUGUGGCUGCUGAACAAGCACCGGCAAAUCCACACCAAGGAGCGGCCGUACCCGUGCCCGGAGUGCGGCAAGAGUUUCACCCAGUUACAGAUACUGAACAGACACCAACUGAUUCACAACGGGCAGAGGCCUUUCCAGUGCUCCUUCUGCGAGAAAAGCUUUACUCAGCUCGCGGGUCUGACAAGACACGAGAGGAUUCAUACAGGGGAGAGGCCAUACCUCUGCACCGUCUGUCAGAAGACCUUCUUAACACAUGGGGAGCUGGUAAGACACCAACGCAGCCACAGUGACUUCAGACCAUUCUCUUGCUCUCAGUGUCCCAAGAGCUUCAAAACCAAGCGUGCACAGAGUGAACACAUGAAUACCCACACAGGGGAGCGACCGUUCUCUUGCGCACACUGUGGGAAGGAGUUUGCCAAGUCUACUUCACUCAUAAGACACAACCUGAUGCACACAGGGGAGAGACCGCAUCAGUGUGCUCAGUGUGGCAAGACCUUCCUGACCUCUGGGGAGCUGCUCCUCCACCGGCGAAUACACACAGGGGAGCGGCCAUACCCGUGCUCGGUCUGUGAACGGAGGUUUAGGUGUUCGUCAGACCUGACCAUGCAUCUGCGGACACACACAGGAGAGCGCCCAUACUCCUGUAUGUUGUGUAAAAAGUGCUUCUCCACCUCAACGCGUCUCAAAAGGCACCUGCGCACUCACAUAGGGAAAGGUGUCUAAUCAUGGCGAGAACCUAAGAAAAUAUUUUCAUGUAUAUUAAUUUAUUUUCCAAAUCAUGUUUAUGGACUGCAUUACUGAAUAGUAUGAGGACAAAAUAUAUGCAUUUUACUCAAACUCAGCCUUACAACAUGCCUCUAUUAAAAAAUACAAUUAUGCCUUUAAUUCACAUUAAACAUUUUAUUUUAACA